CUAUGUUUCAGAUACAACGCUUAGUCCUUGUGCCAUCGUUGUUGCGUUCAUUGCUCAUGUAUCUAAACAUGCGAGAUAAUGACAACGUUCUCGAUCGCUUGAAACUCUGGAUCUGUUCCGGAGAAAUUUUGUCGGUCGCAUUGGCCAAUCAAUUUUUCACCACGUUUGACAACAAGAGCAAGAUAUUAGCUAAUUUCUACGGUAGCACGGAAGUCAUGGGUGACGUUACAUAUUACCUAUUAAGCAAACAAGAACAAUUACAAGGGAUGGAGAAAGUGCCAAUCGGAAAGCCGAUCGACAACUGCAUAACUUAUGUCGUGAACAAGGACUUGCGACUGAUCCCCCAGGGAGAAGUCGGAGAGCUGAUCGUGGCUGGAAGAAAUCUUGCCGCGGGUUAUAUAGGUGGACAAGACACACAUAAAUUUUUGGACAAUUCUUAUGCCAUUGAUCCAGAAUAUCCAAAAAUCUUCCGUACGGGUGAUUACGCUAAAAUUGUCAAAGAGUUGGUAAUUUACGAAGGACGAUCUGCGGAUUCGCAGAUCAAGAUUAGAGGUCACCGUGUCGAUUUCACGGAAGUCGAAAAGGCGGUCGCCAAGGUACCCAAUAUUGAUAAAGUUGUGGUUCUCUGUCACAAAC